GAACCGAAACAUGCGUCCGUUCAAUUAUUGCGACCUACCUACACUUCCCCUCUCCUCAAUAUUCGGUUCAUGUUGAAGCUCGUUCGACUGCCGCUUCUCCUACAUACCCCUACCUCUAGAGCAUCUCUGACAGGAUUGUGGACAAUGGCGCCUCCCUUCAAGCGCAGGGCCGCUGAAUCAACAACGAUAGCCGGGCCAACGGUGGCUGCUGCGCCACGUCCGCAAAAGAAGCGACGCACAUCUCAUCAAUACAAGGACUCGACCAAAGAGAUCAAGUACGGCAUUGUCCUUCGCAAAUACUACCCUCCGGAGAUGACCAACGACCGAGCCCGUGAUUAUAACUCGGGAAAGAUUGAAAGACCAAUUGAGGCCCUGAAAGAGGCCAUACGGGAGACAAAACCAGAACGAGACGAGAUACCCGUGAACGAGAGCGUGGUGCACUGGUUCAAGUGCGACACCCGCACGUUGGACAACAAGGCACUUCAUCUCGCGAGUGAAAAGGCAAAAGAAAAUCGAGUUCCGCUCAUCUGUGUCUACCUGGUCUCGCCGCAGGACUUUGAAGCACACCUCACGGCACCGGUGCGUGUUGAUUUCAUCCUCCGCAAUCUCCAGACACUAAAAGAUGAUCUGGCAGAGCUCGGCAUCCCCUUGUACGUCGAGACCGUGAACAAGAGACGGGGGUUGCCGUCUAGAUUGAUGGAGCUUUGUGAUAGUUGGGGCGCUCGGCACGUCUUUUGCAACAUGGAAUACGAAGUGGAUGAACUGAGACGGGAGGCGGCAAUGGUGAGAUCGUGCCUGGACCGGGGCAUCUCGUUCAAUGUGGUGCACGAUACGUGUGUGGUCGAACCCGGCAAAAUAUCGACAGGAGCUGGUGGGCAGAUGUCGGUCUACAGUCCGUGGCAUCGCAAGUGGUGUGCAUAUUUGAACCAGCACCCAAAAGAACUGGAAUGUCACGCACCGCCCACCCGGAAUCCCAGCAACACGAAAACCAAGUAUGCCGAUCUGUUCACCUCCCAAAUACCACAAGCACCCGCAUCGAAAAACCUGUCUCAAGAGGAGAAGGAUCGAUAUCGAGCGUUAUGGCCGGCAGGGGAGCGAGAGGCCCUCGAGAGGCUAAAUCGCUUCCUGCAGGAGAGAGUACGAUCUUAUCACGAGACGCGGAAUACUCCUUCGGCCAACGCCACCUCUAUCCUGAGUCCUCACCUAGCAGCUGGAACAAUAUCAGCACGUACGGUCGUGCGGGAAGCGCGAGACGCUGCACCGAAUAAGAAGUUGACCGACGAUAGAAAACAAGGCCACUCGAUGUGGAUCGGGGAGGUGGCUUGGAGGGAUUUCUACAAACAUGUUCUUUGCCAUUGGCCUUAUGUUUGCAUGAACAAACCUUUCAAACCCGAGUACAGCAAUAUCGAGUGGGAGUACGAUCUUGAUCAAUUCGAGAGAUGGACACAGGGGAAGACUGGUUUCCCCAUCGUAGAUGCCGCCAUGAGACAGGUGCAGCACAUGGCGUACAUGCACAACCGAUGUCGAAUGAUCGUGGCGUCGUUCCUCGCCAAAGACUUACUGAUAGACUGGCGGAUGGGUGAAAAGUGGUUCAUGGAGCACCUGCUCGACGGGGAUUUUGCGUCGAACAACGGAGGAUGGGGAUUCAGCGCCAGUUGUGGUGUCGACCCGCAGCCGUACUUCCGCAUCUUCAACCCCCUCCUUCAGAGCGAGAAAUUUGACCCUCAGGGGGACUACAUCCGCAGAUGGGUGCCCGAACUCGCCGACAUCAAAGACAGCAAGGGAAUCCACGAUCCGUACAACCGUGGGUAUGAAAAGGUCGCAAAGGAGAAUGGGUACCCAAGGCCAAUGGUUGACCACAAGACGUGUCGAGAGAGGGCGUUGGCCAGGUAUAAACAAGGGAUAGGGAGGGACACCGCGUGACCAUUUGAUUCUCGCCGCACGUCUUUGCUGCGGGCCACUCAAUUUAUUGGAUCCAUCCAAGUGAUGAGUAGGACGUUGCAAGGGAGUGUGUGCACCUGUCACCACCGCGAGUCUGUUGUCUCUCGGCGAUGGAUUGAUCCUUGUGUCCACUCGAUCAAAAGCGUCAAUAAUACGGAGUGUUUAAACCAGUGAAUCAUGUCCGACCUUUCGGUGGAGAUUGCGCCUCGUGGACAGUAAGUCAAAAGUCUAGACCAGGUGAUCACCAAGGGGAAUUGCGUGCGCGGGUGUUGUGGCAGUGCGAAGGGGGACCAGGUAGGUGUGUCUUGUUGUUCUGGUCUCCAGGAGUAUUUGCGGCACACGCGCCCCCCUCAUUUUGCAGGAUCCAAGCGAGAAGCCAAGAGGCACUUUAAGUCAGCCAAGCUUUGCGGCUCCAAAGCUUGUCGUUUGUUAGGGAAUUACGAGUUAGUUUAAGCUGCCAAUCCCGAUUCCGGAGGCCGA